AUGAAUCCGGUCACAGCAUCGCAUAUUGUUGGGUAUGAUUCUCACCUUCCCAUCAAGCAUGUAAAGCUUCCUCUCAAGUAUUUAUCCGGGAAUCCGACCAAAGAUUUCUCAGACGACUUUAUCACCAGCUGUUUCGGUCAUAGUGAGUUCAUCGAUAUAUCUGCCCAAAAGGGACAUUUCUUCACCCUCAUUCAAACCGGGAUUACCAAAGAUAAGAAGCGGUUGCGAUUGUCGCCUCUUAUUGUAGAUGAAGCCACCGCGUUGGGAGUUCAGUUUCAAGCUUUAGAGAUCUUGUUGCCACAUCCGAUUAUAAACAAAGGUACCUUCACGUAUCACUUUGUCUCACUGGAAAAGGAAGAAGAGCCAUGCAUUAUCAUUGACAUUUUAGAUGAGAGCUUUCUUUUGAUGACGUUUCGUAUCGAGCUCAGCGACUUUAUCAUGGGAAACGAUCGAAAUCGAUUGGUUUUGGAUAACUUUCAUGAGUGGGUCAAUAUUUCUGUACCAUAUUCAUUCGAGUUGCGUUCAUCGCCCUUCUUCAUGAAAUCUCUCGACCCUUGUAACAUCAUCGUUUCAAUGAAUGAUGGCGGGAUAUUGCACUUCAAGCGAUCUGAGCCCUUAUCAUCAAUUGAUAUUUAUAACUUCACCGAUAUUGCACCUCUCGUAUCACUCAAUUUUAUUGGCAGCUUAUUCUCGGGUUCAGGGAAAUCGGAUGGCUUUAUGGGAGGCCUUUCAAGCAAUGCAACUGUGGAUGUUGCUCAAUUGAGCAGAGAUGAGUUUGUUACAUUGAGCUUGAACAGGUGUGUCAAGGUUUACAACAUCAAUUCUCAUAAACAAACUGAUCUUUGCGCAGACUUCAAGGGGUGUAAGAGUCUGUCAGAGUGGCUCACAAAUAUCCCUAACAAGUAUUUCCAAAAACUGAAAAACUCCUCAAGUACCUCCUUGCAUCUUAUGUUACCUGUGGAUGAAAUCAUUAAUAGCAGCGGAAGACCAACUUACGAGACUGUCAAUUGGGACAUCACCAACGGGAAGCUAGAACAUAUCGAGCGCCUCAAACUCGAUGUUGAUUACUCGGGUCCAAAUAUUGCCACAGAUGUCGAGGACCAUAAGAGCUUAAGAGUGCAAGAUUUCCAGAUUGUGGCGGGCGAGGAGGAACUUGCGUAUCACGUUCUCUACAAAGCCAAUACAUACAGUGAAGUUGCACACUACACUCAGGAUAAGAUAACUGGGAACAUAUCCCUAAUAAAGACGGCAUUGCCCCAUCAGGCCCCGGUUUUUGCCGAGUUGAGCAAUCAUCGUGAAACUGAAUAUUAUGUGAGUACCGUCUUCAACUCGGGCAUAUUCGAUAAACGCAUUGUUUCCUCUGCUUUGGAUGUGUUCAUUCAGAACUUGGAAAAUAAGCCGAACUUAGAUGGUAUUCUAUCCUUACGUCAAAAAGUGACUCUGACAGUGACGUUUGUCAGUACGGCAGAAAAAAUCUCAGAGAGUUCAGCAUGGUAUAAGUUUGCAUUGAUUUGUCUUGAAUUCCGAAGGUCCAGUCAAGAAGCGCUAUCUAUUUCAGCUCAACGCGAAUCUGUAUUCUGUUCCGAGGUCAAUGGAGUUGCUGUUUACAGAAAGGCUCAUUCAUACGAGGCUGGCUUACACCAGCAUGUCGACAACAGUCUCACAGACUUGAUAAGAUCUUUAUCGUCUAGGUUCUCUGUUCAGACGUUGAAGGGCCUUCUGCAAGAAAUUCGGACCCUCAAAACUAUAGACAGAAUAAUUGCAAGUGACCUAGCAGCCACAUAUCUCAGUGGAAAAAUUUCAGACGAGGAUAUUGAGAUUUUGAUGGACAACUUAGGACUUAUUCCAAACAACGUGGAUCAGAUGAAAUGGUUAAUUGGAAUGUCCGAUAACAAACAAUUUUCAAGUGCGGAUGGCGUCCCUCCAGCGACUGGUGAAGGAAUUGGGUUGCUUUCGAUACUCUUCACAAUAGACACCUUUGAGUCGAUCAAGAAGUGUCAUGAGACUCUUCUUAUCGACCUCCUCGUUUUGUUGUUGUUAUGCGAAGUGAAUGAUACCAUUAUUGAAUUCAUGAAUCAUAUCAUCCGAAAACUUGCAGUAUAUGACCUCAUGUCUGACAUGUUUAAUAUUUGUUUCUCGACUCCUGGAUCACUAAGUGGAAUAGAACACUUGAGGGUUUCUGCUAAGGAGAACUCUUUAUUCUGGGCUGUUUCUGUGAGACGGAAUCCACACCUCCAACAACUUAUCCAGCAAAAAGACUUCAAUACGGCGUUCGAUUAUUUUGCAAGCCACAUCUUGCUGGAGAACGAAAAUGAAAAUAUUCUCGAAAUUGUGAUUGAAUUAUUGAAUCGUAAUGAGAAUGAAGUGGUUUUGAAUGUUUUUGUACCAAAAAUGGAUGAGACUGUGCCACUUAACUCUUUCUUGAUUGGCAUCAUACUGCUAGUUAACGGAAAAUUUGAAAGAUUUCACGAAAUACUCAAGGAUUACACAUUGUUUGAUCGCGUGAACCAUAUCCCGACCAAAACAAUUCUACUCGAUCAUUUAAAAGGAAGCCCGUCUAUUCGGGAAUUCUUGUCGGGGAUUUUUAUCGGUAAGUCCGAAAGUGAUGUCACGAAAUCGAAUUAUUUUCACCAGUUGUCCAACCUUAUCAUGAGAUACGAGACAUGGUCUGGUAUCAGGAGACCUCACAAUUCAUUUGGCGCAGAUCAGAAACAACACUUACUCGAGUUGGCCCUAGAUCUCGAGACUACCGCUAUACAGAUUCUUCAAAGUUCCAAUGACUCACAAGGCUUAGUGAAUCUCACAAGCGUGUAUCUUCGGAAUCACUUUAGUAUCGCCAUCGACAUCGGAGAUUUUGACAAAGCAUCCGUCAGUCUUUCGAAGCUCAAAUCCCUCUCAAGCAGAAAUGACUUCAAGAAUCUCUUUACAAAGCUUAUUAAGGCAUUGAUCAAACAAAAUGAGUAUCGUCAACUAUUUGCAUCUGGCUCUAGCAGAAUCUAUGCAGAAAAUUAUCUCUUGGUCGAUUCCAUUUUACUCGAACUAGCUAACGAGGAUCUCGUACUUUCAAACGCAUUGAAAAGUUACGAGCUACUUUAUUCUUGGAGACUUCUUGGUCCCUCGCCAAUGAUUGUUGGAAAAACGUCAUUGGUGGAUAAGAGAGGUGCUGCAGAAGCAUUGUACAUUUUCAUCACAAGAUUCAGGAACGAAAAGGACAAUCUCAGUUCUGAUUCUGCGCAAUCGGAGAACUUCCAGCAGUUCAAAUUGAAGAUUUUAGAGUUGUACAAAAUUAUUGUGACUAUUUUGAAGACGUUCAGUCAAGAAGAAGACAAAUGGAUCAGAAAAAGAGGUGGAAAAAAGUCUUCAAGUGUACUCACUCUAACGGAAUUGGAUAUUGAACACUAUCGUUGGCUCAAGGAUUUGGAGGAAGAUUUCUUCAAGAAUCAAAAUGAGGUUAUGAAUUAG